GGUUCCGGCGCGCGCGUCUAGUCGGAGCCGAACCACUGCGCCGAGGGGUUCGGUGUGCUGCUGCUCCCCGAAAGAAGAUGAACGGGACGCGGAACUGGUGUACUCUGGUGGACGUGCACGCGGAGGGGCAGACCGCGGGCAGCGCGGACAUUCUCAGGCUGACUCUCCAGAGCGAACUAACAGGAGAUGAACUUGAACACAUAGCCCAGAAGGCGGGCAGGAAGACCUAUGCCAUGGUAUCCGGCCGGUCAGCUGGUCAGUCUCUGGCCUCAGAAUUGGUGGAGUCCAACGAUGGACAUGAGGAGAUCAUUAAGGUGUACUUGAAGGGAAGGUCUGGAGAUAAGAAGAUCCAUGAAAAGAAUAUUAACCAGCUGAAGAGUGAGGUCCAGUACAUCCAGGAGGCCAGGAACUGCCUCCAGAAGCUCCGAGAAGAUAUAAGUAGCAAGCUUGACAGAGAUCCAGGAGAUUCUCUCCAACGGGAGGUACAGGUGGUGCUAGAAAAGCCAAAUGGCUUUAGUGAAAGUCCGACGACCUUAUACAGCAGCCCACCUGAGGUGGACACCUAUAUGAAUGAAGACACCGAGAGCUUAAGGAAGACCGUGCGGGACCUGCUUGCCAAGCUGCAGGAGGCUGAGCGGCAGCACCAGUCAGACCGGGUGGCUUUCGAGGUCACACUCAGCCAGUACCAGAAAGAAGCAGAAGAGAGUAAUGUGGCCCUUCAAAAAGAAGAGGACAAAGUAGAGCAGAAAGAGGUGGAAAUCGGAGACCUGCAGAGGCGCUUGUUAGGGAUGGAGACGGAUCACCAGGCCUUACUGGCGAAGGUCAGGGAAGGGGAGACAGCCUUGGAGGAACUUCGCACCCAGAGUGCUGACUGCCGAGCAGAACAGGAAAAGGCCGCUAGCCUGGAAAAGGAGGUGGCUGGGUUGCGGGAGAAGAUCCACCACUUGGAUGACAUGCUUAAGAGCCAGCAGCGGAAAGUUCGGCAAAUGAUAGAGCAGCUCCAGAAUUCAAAAGCAGUGAUCCAGUCAAAGGACACGACCAUUCAGGAGCUCAAGGAGAAAGUCGCCUAUCUGGAGGCAGAGAAUUUAGAGAUGCACGACCGUAUGGAACACCUGAUAGAAAAGCAAGUCAGUCACAGCAAUUUCAGCACCCAGGCCCAGGCCAAGACAGAGAACCCUGGCAGCGUUCGGAUAGCCAAGCCCCCCAGCCCUAAGCCCCUGCCUCUCAUCCGAGUGGUGGAAACAUGAACUGGAUGGAGAAGGGAGAGGGCCACCUGCUGCUGCUGCUGCCUCUUGCCUGUGGAGAAGCCCACACCCCUGUAGGCUGUUAGCACUGACUUUUGACUUCCUGACUGUUUCCUGACUGCACUCAGGGCUUCGCCUCUCCUCU